UCCUCUGGGCUGUUGCUGGAGCGUGUUCCCCCUUGACGUUAUGUGGUGGCUCUUCAAUGCGUGCGCUGUUUUGCUGUUUUUGUGAAACAUUGAAAUGUCUUUCAAGAACAGUCUAUCAACAGGGCAUCACUGCGUUGUUUACGGCUGCAGUUAUAACCAGAAGAAGAGGAACGCUGCAAGAAAAGAGCUCUGCGGCACGCACAACGUGUUGCAAGAGGUAUGCGGAUGCAACGUGUAUUUGCUGCAUCGGUUUCCCGCUGACGCCGAUUUGAAAAGACAGUGGGUCGCCGCAGUCAACAGAAAAGAUUUUGUGCCGUCGCCUUCAUCACGUUUAUGUUCUGCGCAUUUUGUUGACGGCAAGCGCACCGAUCUAAACCCCGUGCCGAUGCUUCGCCUCGGAUACGAAAGAAAGGUACUCAAAGGACGAAGACGUGUAGUAAAGCACGACGGUCCACAGUUAAAGAAAAAGAGGACAGCUGAGAACGUAGCACCAGCCUCACCAUUAGGCAUUCACAAUCUCGACACAGGAAAAGCCGACUUUCCCAAGGACGCUUGCCAGGAAAAGGAUGACACCUCCAGCGAAGGGCUGCGUUUGCUCUGUGCUGCCGCUUCUAUGAAGGUAUGUACACGGAAAGUUGUCUCGGAAGGCUACUUUCGUGCCAGUUGCGAGCGGGCAGCUGCCGCCAAUGAACCAACAUAUGGGCUAGCGAGUAAAUGCAGGAUUUCUCCACAACAUCGCACCAUGCCUGUGGAAGCUCACGCUGCUCCUUCUGAGGAGCAGGACUCGGGCAGUGAGCAGCAAGGAUUUCACGACAGAAGUGGUGAAUGCCAGAAGCAGCAUAUGCCUGCACAAGCUCACGCUGCUCCUUCUGAGGAGCAGGGCUCGGGCAGUGAGCAGCAAGGUUUUCAUGACAGAAGUGGUGAAUGCCAGAAGCAGCAUAUGCCUGCGCAAGCUCACGCUGCUCCUUCUGAGGAGCAGGACUCGGGCAGUGAGCAGCAAGGUUUUCAUGACAGAAGUGGUGAAUGCCAGAAGCAGCAUGUAGGUGUAAAUGCUUCAUGA